AUGAUAAAAUGUAUCAUUUUGAUAUGUGGUCCACCAGCAUGUCUUAAAUCAACACUUAUACAAAUACUUCAAUUACUAUUUAAUCAUUAUCAAAUUUUAAAUCUAGAAUUUUUUUGUAUAAAAAAAUUUUAUGAAAUUUUCAAUAGAAAAAAACAAGAAAAUAUAUAUAAUUUCCUUUCAUUUGAUGAUUUAUUUUUUAAUUAUGAAAAUGAUAUUAUAGAAAAUGAAUCGAAUUGGAAAUUAUAUCGUUUAUUAAUUGCUAAUGAAAUUGAAAAUUAUAUUUUAUCACGUAUAGAAAAAAAUUCAUUAAUUAAUUUAAAAUAUUCAUCACAAAUACUUAAUCGUCUUUAUGAAUCAUUAAAAAAUUUACAUCAUAAUAGUAUUCUAAUUAUUGAAGAUAAUUUUUAUUAUUCAAGUAUGCGUCAUCGUUAUCAUCAAAUAGCUCAAAGAGCAGAAAUUGGUUUUGCAAUAAUACAUCUUUAUUCAAAUAUAAUUAUUGCACUUGAACGAAAUCAAAAACGUCAUAUAUCUAAACGUGUUUCAAAUAUUUCAAUAGAAAAUAUUUAUUCAAAAUAUGAUUUAUCAAAUGAUGAUUUAAUAAUUAAUACAACAAAUCAAGGUUUAACAUGUGAACAUUUACAUCAAAUUCUUCAACGUAUUAAACAAGCUUGUAACAAACCAGAACAACAAUUAAAUUUAAUUGAUAAUAAUGAACAACGUCGUUUAGCAACAGAAAUUAAUCAACAAAAUAUAAUUUAUCAAAUUGAUCAAAAAUUAAGAAAAUUUAUUUCAAAAUAUUUAAAAGAAGAAUUCUUAAAUAAUGAAAAAUUUCAAAUAAUAAAUGAAAAAAAACUAUAUGCUGAAAUGAUUAAUAAUAAACGACAAAUAUUUUUAGAAUUAAUAAAGCAUAAAUUAAUUUUAUUCAAUAAUAAUGAAGAUAUAGAAAAUUUAUUUGAACAGUUUUUAAAAGAAAAUAUUUAA